GAUGAAUCAUUCGGAAAACUACAAGAUUCUGAUUUUCUGUUUCAUCCAUGAGUUGGGAAAUAAAGAGCUCGCGUUAAAGAAUUAUUGAUCUUUGAUGAUCUCCAUGAUGAACUGGGCUCCCUAUUCUCAUCAUCCCUUGUUGAGUCUUUCUACUGGUGAUUGGAUAUUGGUAGGUGCGACCGGUGCUAUUCUUAUAGGAGUGGGGUUACUACAAAGAAGCUUGGGAGAUGUUAUUAGAGACGAAGCCCAACUACCUUCUGCUUCUAGUGCAAGAACAAAAAGAGAAGCCAAUAGAUCUAAACGUUUUCUUGACCCUAAAAAGAGACCCCCUUCUUCUAAUAAACCAUAAGUCUGCUUCAUCGGCAUUUCAUCUUAUUUGGGAAAUUAUAGUUUUGU